CCAAACCACGAUGGGCUUACUGCUCUUGCACAGGCGUCAAGAGGGAGGUUUUCAGUAAUCGUGCAAAUGCUAACUGAAGCAAGCGCUGACCUACACUCACACGAUCAUUCUGGUCGAACACCAUCGAUGCGGGCGAAAAAGAACAGUUCAUUCUAUCGAUAUCUACUCGAUAAUACUAACGGUUCAAAUGAAAACAACGUAAAGGAUCAGACUGCAGCAUCUCAGGCGAAAACAGAAGCACACUCUUCCGACUCAGGAUAAGACAUCGGCACUUCUUUGACGUCAAUAAUUAAUCGCAACGAGACAUUUCCUUGGCCAGCAGAUUUAAUCUAUAUUCCCUCUAUGGUUUACGGAAAAUUCCAGCCCGACUGGCAGCUCACUGGAGGAAAAAUCCCCGCAGAGGGUCUUGCUGCAGCCACG